AUGGUUUUCAGUACUCUGCUUCGAGAACCCAACCAUGACUUACGAUGGCUACGAAUGGUGAUUCCUGCUGCAACUGUCAACUUGGCAGUGUCAACAUCAUUGAUCUGCCUGGGGUCAGUGUUUGAAUAUUUCUCUAAGCCGAUCGGUUCUCGCAAUCCGUCUACGAGCAUUAGCUUCUACCAGAAAGCAAUCAGUGCCCUUCAGAAUGAGAUCAAUGAGCUGGAGUAUGGCUUAUUGCCAGCAUUCAUGGCCAGUAUCGUUCUCGCAGCAAGUGAAGCCCUCUUCCGGCGCAUGCCUGCUGCAUUGAUCCAUCUCCAAGGUGCUUUUCGAAUCCUUGGACUUGCGAGCGAAGUUUCGAAGCAUUCACUCAACACGAAGUGUAUUGAGGGGAACGAGGACAUCAAUGACAUAGCUUUGAACAUGGACAUGCAUACAGCAUGGUAUCGACUUUCUCAACCACCGGACUUACCGCUGAACUUCGGCCUUAGCGGAAACUUGACAGAGAGAAGAGAUAUCAUAAACGAGCGACGCCUCUUUGCCUCUCUUCUGCAUGAUUGCUAUCAUUUCGCAUGCAAAGCUGCGACAUUCAAGUAUCGGCCCUUCACAUCGAUACCAUCUUCAAUUCUUGCUGAGCAACAGACGCUCGUCGCGUCACUGGAUCGGUGCUUAGCUCUUCUCAACAUUGAUAGCACCGCUGAUAAUGAGGCGCACAAAGCUGAAAGUCUAAUCCAGAAAUGUCAAUGCCUGAGUACUUUUAUCUACCUGAGCACGAUUCUGCAGCCAUACGAGAAGGCCUAUGAUGCUUUCGAAAUUAAGUUCUGCCAGAUCAUCGAGACUGCACAGUUCAUCAUCGACAAUUACUACCAGAAUCACUCCUCGCUGCCGUUCUUUCGUUUUCGACCAGGGAUUUUCCAACCUCUGUAUUUCACAGCCAUGAAGUAUCGCAAUUCCUAUCAACGGCGACGAGCGGUAGAGCUGAUCAGGCGAAUCGGGUUCGAGGGUCCCUGGAAUGCACAGCUCAUGGCAGCGAUAGCAACCCGAGCCAUCAAUAUUGAGGAGGCAUCGAAUGUUCCGGAUGUGCCAAAUCUGUCUGUCCACCAAAUCUCAGAGUGCACACGAGUACAUGGCAGUGGUCAUGUGUCACCAGCUGUCGAAAACAUUCAGUCUUCUAUUUUCGCCGAAGCUGAGUUCAGUAUCUGCACUGAUGUCAAGGGCAUGAUAGCUGCUGCAGACGAACUGGAACAACGUCAAUUUUGGAACAUCUGGACAGAGCAAGUGCAAAUACCUGAUUACGUGUGA